AUGACUAAUAUCUUUGGAACUGCCCAUGCACAAUUCAGUAAUAUGCUCAUACUAUCUGCAACCUACAUGCAAAUAAUUUCAUUCCUGUUGCAGAGCCGAUAUAUCUCCCCUAGUCUUCAAGCUGAUGCACGGAUCCUCACCGAAAUCUAUGAGAAGAUUUUCGGCGACCCCGCCAUGGGCUUUUCUACCUAG